AAGGAACAAGAAACACGACUUUCGUACAUCGCUAAAUUCAUGUUUAUUUGAUAGCGCCGAUUCAGACGCUCACUUCGCGUUAUACCGUCCUACUAUUUAUUUCUACGACGAAGUGGUCAACUGACAGAUUUGAAGGAAAGUGUUAACCGCAAAGUUUUUCACAUCCGUUGAUACGCUCCAAGUGUUUUUUCCAUUAAUUAACAGUUUGUUGAUCAAUAGGCUUUCCUUCUAGAAAUGGCUCCUACAGGUGAGACACCGGAAUAUGAUUUGGUGGUGAUAGGUGGCGGAUCAGGAGGUUUGGCUGCGGCCAAAGAAGCCUCGAAUUUGGGCGCAAAAGUAGCCGUUUUGGAUUACGUCACUCCUUCUCCAAGGGGCACGAAAUGGGGUCUUGGAGGCACUUGCGUGAAUGUGGGGUGUAUCCCCAAAAAGCUUAUGCACCAAGCUGCUCUUCUAGGGGAGGCUAUCGAAGAUGCCAAAAGUUACGGUUGGAAGUUCCCCGAAGCAGAAAACAUUGCACACGAUUGGGAAACUUUAAGGACUGCUGUCCAGAAUCACAUCAAGUCCGUUAAUUGGGUUACCAGGGUAGAAUUAAGAGACAAAAAAGUUGAAUAUAUCAACGGUUUGGGAACCUUCAAGGAUCUCCACACCGUCCACACAGUAACACCCAAGGGGGAGAAGACUCUGACGGCGAAAUAUUUCCUCAUCGCUGUUGGAGGUAGGCCGAAGUAUCCCAACGUACCUGGUGCCAUAGAGUAUGGAAUAAGCAGCGAUGACAUCUUCAGUUUGGAAAAGCCUCCAGGCAAGACAAUGAUUGUUGGUGCUGGAUAUAUAGGAUUGGAAUGCGCAGGGUUCUUGAAGGGUUUGGGCUAUGAUGCUACCGUCAUGGUGAGAUCGGUGCCUUUGAGAGGAUUCGACCAGCAAAUGGCCGCCACAGUAGCUGCUGCCAUGCAGGACAAAGGCGUUAAUUUCUUGAAUAGAUGUAAUAUCACUUCAGUGGAAAAACAAGCCGAUGGUAAGCUGUUGGUGAAAUGGAUCAACGAUAAGAAAGAAGAAUUCUCAGAUACUUACGACACCGUUCUGUUCGCUAUGGGAAGGAGAGCUCUCACGAGAGACCUUCAUCUGGAGAAACUUGGCAUCCCGAUCCAUGGAGAAGGUGACAAAAUCGAUGCCGUAAACGAGCAAACUAAUGUACCUCAUAUCUUUGCUGUUGGUGAUGUUCUCUUGGGUAAACCUGAAUUGACCCCUGUGGCUAUCCACGCUGGACGUUUGUUAGCCAGGAGGUUGUUUGGUGGCGGUCAGCAACAAAUGGACUACGAUAAUGUGGCUACAACAGUUUUUACCCCAAUGGAAUAUGGUGCUGUUGGUCUUAGCGAGGAGAAAGCUAUCGAAACUUAUGGGGAAGACAAUAUAGAGAUCUACCACGCUUUCUAUAAGCCAACGGAAUUCUUCAUUCCUCAGAAAAAUAUCGCGCAUUGCUACAUCAAAGUAGUGGCUAAAAGGGAAGCACCGCAGAAGGUUUUGGGCAUGCACUUUGUCGGACCGCAAGCUGGGGAGGUCAUUCAAGGGUUUGCCGCUGCAAUCAAAUGCAAUUUGACCAUGGAAACCCUGAUGAACACAGUUGGAAUCCACCCAACAGUUGCGGAAGAAUUUACAAGAAUCAACAUAACCAAGAGAUCAGGAAAGGACCCCAACCCAGCUUCUUGCUGCAGUUAAGCCUGAGGAUUACUCAAACAAUUCAUAAACCAAUUUAUUCACCCCCUACUUAAUUAAAGUAUUCGGUACUUGCACACCACUAAAAAACUCGUGGAUUUUAUUUAUUGUGUUCAAAUGUUUGAUAGAAUGAACUUAACAUAUAAAUGAGAUUCUGGCAUGAUAUUAGAUUAAAGUUGAUGCUUUAAGUGUAUAUGAAAAUGGAUGUAUAUAAUCCACGUUGUAUACCACCGAUUUUAUUAUUGAGGUUUGUGAUUUGUAUACAUUCGUGAUUCAGGAUAUGUUGUAUUGAAACAUAAUAAAGUAUUUUUAGACAA